AUGGCCACCCAAGCUAGACGCUUUGCCAACCACCCUGGCGCCAAAGAAGCCCCGGAAUGGACUCUUGAAUAUCGUCUCGAUGUGGAUAAGAAUCCCACGAUGAAGGGUCUACCUCUUGUUUUGGCUUCUAAGCUAGUCACCAGCUUCGAAUGGCUUCAAAAACUCCUUUGGGAAAAUGCGAAGUUCGGUGAACCACGGUACCUCCAUCUUGAAGGCGUUCCCUGGAGGGCGGUGCCGAACGUCAUCCCCCUCGCCUUAGACCCCUCCCAGCAAACCAUGCUCCCCUUCGAAGAGGCCCUCAUAACUCCCCAAUCCUCCGACCUUCCCGGCCGCUUCUACUCCGCCGCGGACUACCACGCUCUCUACCGCUCCGGCAAAGUAACCCCCCUGCAGGUGGCCGAAGCACUCCUCCCGCUCAUCCAGCGCGGGCCCAACGAAAGCAAGUACGCCGCAGCCUGGACACACUGCCACCCAGAAGAAGUCCUUGCUGCGGCAGAGGCUUCCACGGAACGCUGGGCGAGGGGUCAGCCGCUAAGCGUGCUGGAUGGUGUCCCGUUUGGGGUUAAGGAUGAUGUGGAUGUGGAGGGGUUUGUGUCGAGCAUGGGGAUGAGGGUUGAUGAGGGGAAGGCCGAGUAUUUUAGGAAGGUGAGGGAGACGACGAGUUGGCCAGUCAGGAAGUUGAUUGAGGCAGGGGCGGUGUUGGUGGGCAAGAUGAAUCAGCAUGAGGUUGGGAUGGAUACGACCGGCUGCAAUCCAUCCACGGGGACGGCAACAAACUGGUACAACAAAUCUUAUUACCCCGGCGGCUCCUCCUCCGGGGCAGGAUCAGCCCUCUGCGCAGGUCUCGUCCCUAUCGCCGUCGGCACCGAUGCUGGAGGGAGCAUACGCAUCCCGGCCUCCUUCUGUGGCGUUUACGGCCUGAAGCCAACCCACAACCGCACUGUCACCAUGUCCUCCUCCGUCUGCGUGAUCGGCCCUAUGGCCGGCACCGUCGCCGACCUGACCAUCGCCUACCGGCUUAUGUCCCAACCCAAUCCCGAUGACCCAGGGCAGAACCUCUUCGCCACGUCCCAGCCCCCCGCGCCAGACGCAAAAAAAGUGCUGGGUAUCUGCCGCGAGUGGGUUGACGUCAUGACAGAUCCGAAGGUCAAGACUGUCUUCGAUAAGGUUGUCACGUACCUCAUCACCGAAAGGGGCUACGAAGUAGUCGACAUCAAGCUCCCCUUCCUGCGCGAAGGCCAAGUCGCUCAUGCAGCAACGUGCCUCUCCGAAGCGGCCGCCGACGCUCGUUCCCGUGCCGACAACCCCAACCAGUACUUGUCUCUUCUCAACCACCCCAACCGCAUCCUCAUCAGCACCGGCGCACAAACCUCCGCCCCUGACUACUUGCGCUAUGGCCAGAUCCGGCAGGUCAUCAUGUCCCAUCUCGCACAUCUUUUCCAAACCUACCCCGGCUUGAUGAUCCUCACCCCGACAACGCCCAUGGCCGGGUGGCCUAUCCAUCCCGGGGAAUUGAAGUAUGGCGGGAGCGACGGGAAUAAGAGUAUCAAGAACAUGAUGUUCGUGUGGUAUGCCAAUGUGAGCGGAUGUCCGGCGGUGACGUGUCCGGCGGGGUAUAUUGAAUCCGUGCAAGGGGAGGGCGAGGUGCCGGUUGGAGUGAUGGCUAUGGGGGAGUGGGGGAUGGAGGAGGAGUUGUUAACAUGGGCAGGGGAGAUGGAGGGGUGGUUGACGGGCCCUGGAGGGGGGAGGAAGAGACCGGGGGAGUGGGUUGAUGUUUUGAAUCCCACCGACACUUCGGCGUGUCACAUCGGCAGGAUCCCCAAAACCGCGAAUGAACCAACUCGACGAAAACUUGCCCGCAUCGCUACCCACAACCCACAGCGCAGUAGUUGCGCAACAGCCGCAAUCAUGGGCUGGAAAUGGAACCAGCACAAGGACAUUCUCCAUCGACUGUAUGUCGAGGAGAAGAAGACGCUGUCUGAGAUUGUGGAGUAUAUGCGCGAGCACCAUAAUUUUACGCCGAGCCGCCGCUCGUUCCACGGCGUCUUCUGCCGCUGGGGCUUCCCCAGCCGGCGCAACCCCGCCUAUAGCAACCAGCCGUUGAUCAACCGCGUGCGCGAGCUCUGGGAGGCCAAUGUCGGCCAGAAGGACAUGCUCAGUAUCCUCAACGCCGAGGGCUACGAGGUCGGCGAGCGUGAGAUUGCACGCAUUCGAUAUAAACACCGCUGGAUGAUUCGCUCCAGCUACGGGCCCUACGAGACGGAGCCGCCUGCGCCUGCCGGCGACGACGAGAGCGAUCACCCUUCGGAUGAAGAAGAGGAGGGGUCGGAUGGAGAGAAUGGAAGAAAUGAGCAAGAUGGAGAGCGUCGCGAACAGAGACAGCGCAGUCACAGCAGCGGUAAUUUCAACCUGAACGGGUUAUCCGACGUCGAUGCACAGGUCCACCAGGAAGCCAUCGCCAUGCGCGAGGCCCAGCGCGAGCAGCGCAAGCGUAUGAUGGCCCUCACCUACCAAGAGCGAUGGUUAGCUAAGAAGCGACGCCGACACACCCGCGCCUAUGCCGGCCUGCCGCCCGACCCUCCGGGCCCCCCGCGCUUCCCGUCCGAGACGACCCUCACAGAAGCGAAAGAGAUCCUCCAGCUCGACAAAGAGACAUACAUGGCUUUGCGAAAAAAGUUCUACGACAUCUGCGUCAACACCGGCGUCUGGAAGAAGACGCUGGCCGGGUCCGAGAAGUGGGAACAGGUCAAGGAGCAGCUGAUUAGGGAGAGCAUGCACCUGCGCGCCGUGUUCUGGGACCAGACGGAUAUGGAUAAGAAGAAGCUUGCGCUGGACGUUAUCGCGUGUGAUGUGACCAAGAGGAUAAGGACCGAGGCUACAAUGAUCACGGUAAACGAGGCUAAGCGGAUUCUGGGGUUGAACCCGAAUGAGAGUAGGGCGCUGAGGAAGCAGAUGUAUCUCUUGCUGGCGCAGGAGAGGUUCACGUCGAAGUUGGAGGAGGGCGCCGAGUUCUUUGAGGCGCUGAAGCAAAGGUGGAUUAAUGGCAGUCCGCUGUUGACGGCGAUCGUGCAGAAUACGGAAGAUCCGGAGUAUGAGAGGAAGAUUAAGGCGAUUAAGAUGCUAUAAAACAAAAAGCCCAAGCCGCCGCCAAAACCUAAGCCUUCGCCGAAGCCGAAGGAGCCAAGGCCGAGGCAGUCCAGGGGCAGGAAGAAGGCUGCGGCCGAGGCGCAGGCUUCUAACGCGGAUAUAGGGGAAGAACCGGCUAUGGUUGUAGCGCCGCAGGCGCCGGUGCAGGUCGAGCCGGUGAUGCAAGAAUUGGUGUUGCAGCCGCCGCCGCCGCCGGCGCCAGUAGAGCAGCCGGCUGCCCCUGUUGAGCCCGUGUUUGUCGAGGACACUCCCGCGCCGCCACCGAUCCCUCCUCGGAUAGAUACAGACCCGCCGGGGCUGAUUCCCGGACUGAAGCUGCCGCCGGCGGUUAAGAGGACGCGCGGCCGGCCGUUGGGGUCUGGCAAGAAGGCGACUGAAGCUCAGGUCCAGAAGGCCCAGCAAGCCCUGCCGCAUGUACAGCCUCGCCUGGUGCUGGCUGAUGUGUUGCAGCCGCAACAAAAUGGUCAGGCUGCGCAGCAGCCACAGCAAGUUGGUCAGCAACAGCAACAACAGAUCCAGCAACAGAUCCAGCAACAGCAACAGCAGAUGGUGGACACCUCGCAUUUGGAUAAUGAUCCUUUCCUUACGGGAGAUUCUCAGUUCGACGAUCACUACAUGCAGACUUACGAUUCUCAAUCUCAACCUUCUCAGCCGCAACAGCAGCAAGUCUAUCACCAACCUCCUCAACCCCAACAGCAAUCCCAACCUCACCCCCCACAACUCAAUACCUCCGCCGCCGUCCCCGCCCCUCCUCCUCCUCCUCCCUCCGGCGGUCCCCCUGUAGCAGUCUAUAUCCGUCUGCACCCCGCCUCACUAGCCCUCAUGCCCCCCGGUCAACCGCAGCAAUGGAUCGUCCCCCUCAUGAACCGCACCAUGGCCGAGGUGCGGGAGGGAGCGGUGCAUAAAUGUCCUCCGGGCGCAGUGUGCGUGGCCGUGCAAGGAGUGAUUAAGGAUGGCAAGGGGGGAGAAUUGAUGGUGCCGGUUACGGAUGAUGGGGAGUUGGAUGUGUAUUUGGAGCAUGUGGCUGGAACGGGGGCCGCGGUGUUGGUUGUUCAGGUUACGGGGAGCUGGUAG